CAGAGCUCCUCUUCUGGAUAGUGAAGACUAAUUCAUAUCUGGGUUGUACUGAUUUUACUUGAUUGAAAAAUGUGUUCUGGCAGCUGUGCAAAGUGCCUUGGUAUUACAAUUAUUUGUCUAGCUUGCCUCUGUGCUCUGGCCAACAUUCUGCUCUUCUUCCCUGGAGGAAAAAUUGUUUCUGAAAAUGGAUACAUUUCAGAUGAAGUCUGGUACUUUGGAGGGCUCUUGGGUUCAGGAGUUGUGUCAAUCUUUCCAGCUCUAGUCUUUUUGGGUCUGAAAAACAAUGACUGCUGUGGGUGCUGUGGAAAUGAGAGCUGCGGGAAAAGGUUUGCAAUGUUUUCGUCUAUCAUAUUUGCUGCCAUUGGCUUUGUGGGAGCCGGAUACUGCUUUGUUGUUUCAGCAGUGGCUAUAAAUAAAGGACCAAAGUGUUUAAUCGGAGUUGGCCCAAAUGGCAAAGAGGUCUGGGGAUACAUUUUCAAUGAUGGAGAAUAUUUAGGCAACCCAAACCUAUGGAAGCUGUGUCCAAACGAUGUUGUUCCGUGGAAUCUGACUUUGUUCAGCUUGCUGCUAAUAAUGAGUGGGGUUCAAGCUGUUCUCUGCGCCAUUCAAGCCAUUAAUGGCCUCAUAGGGACAAUCUGUGGGGACUGCAAGUGCUGUGGAUGUUGUGGGGGUGAAGGGACCGUUUAGUUCCAGCGUGACAUCUAUGAAACUCUACGGCCGCUCCUUCUACAAAUACAUUUACAGAAAAUUAGAACCUGGAACCUGGACAAUCUGAGAAAUAAUUUAUCGAUGUUAUCUUGGACCCUUCCACCACUAGACAAGAGCAGCCGCCAGUUUAUUUAGAUGCAUACAUUCAUCAUGUUUGGGAAGAUCCAGUUCAUUGGCAACUUCAUGAACAUAUACUAUAUCCUUGCCAAGGCUUUAAAGAAUUUCUACAAUAUCUACAAUCUUCCUUUCCACCGAACAAGACCGAUGUGGUAAUACUGUAGUUCACACUUAAGACCUGCAACAUUAAGGGAAGCUGGAGGUUCUGCUGGCAAUGAUAUGUUUUUAUAUAUGUCCAAACUCUUUUUACGCUCAUUCCACGGUCUCUAAGCACCAAAUCUAAGUGCUUGUGUUUUGUGUGUGUGAGUAUGUGUAUAACCAGCUUUGAAGUAGCUAGAACCCCAAGGUAGUUCAAGUUUUAAAACAUUCGCAGGGCUAAACCAGACUAUUAAAUUAUCUGAAUUUUUAUGAAUUGUAUGUUUCAAAUAAACACAAUGCUGCCGCA